AUGUUCAGUGUCCUUCUGUCAUUAGCAAAAGGCGAAGCUCAUCACUUGCCAAUUCAUGCAAGCCCAAAACGUAAAAAUUUGCUUAAUAUUGUUUACAAGCAGUAUUGCACGAAGCAACGAGUUAAUGAAUCAUAUCGAAAAUUGAAAAAUGCGUUUAAAAAGUUACAUGAUGACUAUAUGCACAUAAAAGGACGAAAUAUUUUCAGCAAAUAUAUUCAAAUGCAACAGAUGAUUUGUGAAGUGAUAAUCCUGGACAAACAGUAUUGGCAGUUAAUUAAUAUACCUGCACCAGAACCUUCAGAAGCAGCCAAUGAUUAUGUAGCACGGGUAAUGGAGCUAGUGAAUGUAACACAAGUGGAACAAACUCGGCCAUUGGGUAUUACCACCCUUUUAGGAGUAACGACAAUUGUAGAAAGCGCUGCAGAAACAAUUAUGUUCGAAACAAAAAGAAGCUUAUCGGCAAAUAAUUUACGAACUGAAUGCGAUCGAAUGUAUGUCACAUUAUACAGAUUAUUGAAGAAAUAUUUAAAACUUCGAGAAAUACUUAAAGAACUGAAUUCAAAUUUUCAUUCUUCACGUUUUUUACCCAUCAUUCCACGAUACAAUUUGUUAAAAUCUAUGAUAAAAAAUGUUAUCCGAGAACCAUCGUUUGCUGAAAUAUAUCACGAACCAGACAUAUAA